AUGGCCGGACACCUGCCUUCCGACUUUGCCUUCUCUGGAGGUGGCGAUGGCCCGGGAGGGCCGGAGCCGGGCUGGGUUGACCCACGGACCUGGCUCGGCUUCCAAGGCCCUCCCGGGGGGCCAGGAGUGGGGCCGGGGGUCGGGCCAGGCCCCGAGGUGUGGGGUGUCCCUCCGUGCCGCCAGCCUUAUGAGUUCUGUGGAGGGGUGGCGGCGUGCUGUGGGCCUCAGGUUGGCAUGGGCCUGGCACCCCAAGGUGGCCUGGAGAGCACCCGGCCCGAGGACGAGGUGGGGGCCGGAGUAGAGAGCAGCUCAGAGGAGGCCUCCCCCGAGCCCUGCGCCACCCACCCUGGUGAGGUGAAGGUAGAGGAGAAGCUGGAGCCAAACCCCGAGGAGUCCCAGGACAUCAACGCCCUGCAGAAAGAACUGGAGCAGUUUGCCAAGCUGCUGAAGCAAAAGAGGAUCACCCUGGGGUACACUCAGGCCGAUGUGGGGCUCACUCUGGGUGCUAUCUUUGGGAAGGUGUUCAGCCAGACGACCAUCUGCCGCUUCGAAGCGCUGCAGCUCAGCUUCAAGAACAUGUGCAAGCUGCGGCCCCUGCUGCAGAGGUGGGUGGAGGAGGCUGACAACAACAACGAGAACCUGCAGGAGAACAUGUUCCUGCAGUGCCCGAAGCCCACGCUGCAGCAGAUCAGCCGCAUCGCGGAGCAGCUGGGGCUGGAGAAGGACGUGGUCCGAGUGUGGUUCUGUAACCGGCGCCAGAAGGGCAAGCGAUCGGGCAGUGACUAUUCCCAGCGAGAGGAGUAUGAGGCUGCGGGGUCCCCUUUCCCAGGGGCCCCUGUGUCCUUUCCUCUGGCCCCAGGGCACCACUUUGGCACCCCAGGCUAUGGAAGUCCCCCCUUCACCACGCUGUACUCUCCUGUCCCUUUCCCCGAGGGGGAAGCCUUUCCCCCGGUGCCUGUCCCCACCCUGGGCUCUCCCAUGCACUCAAACUGA